AUGAACAUCCAUGUUCCAAAAGUUUUGGUGAACUCACCAAAAAGCAGCACCAAAAAAAAACCAGCGACCCAGGCAUGGGAGGAAGCGCAGAAACGGCCACCUCCCAUAGUGCAGGCGGCCAAAGCCAAGGCACAGAGGAGUCCAACGUGGCUAGGGGAGGCGGGCCAUCCCUCCUCACAAUUUGGAGAUGCUGGAGAAAAAUCAGUGCAGGUGGUGCCGGAUAGUGUGCCUGGUGCGUCCAAGGCCAACUUUUCUCGGAUCUAUGCACGUGAGGAAUGGGACGGAGAAGCUCUUUCGGGCUUGGGCUCUCGUGAAGAAACCACCAGAGAGUUCCGGAGUUUCCUGGAAGAAUUUCUCCAACAGCGCAAAAUCACCUCCGUCGUCGAUGCAGGUUGUGGCCAUUGGCCCUCUGGAUAUCAGCGCUUCAUGCAUUGGCAGAACGUGCGCUACACCGGGGUGGACGUGGUGCCAUAUGUGGUGCAGGAGAAUGCCAACUACUUUGAGGACAGCGGACCUACCCACUUUCUGCUGAUGGCUAUGUUGGGCUAUGUUGGCACUAAGUUGUCUGGCUUCAUGCUUCGGAGUGCCAAGUUCAUUUGUGACGAUGCCUGGGUUCCCUGGGUGCCUGGCAAGGUCUCUAACAGCUUGCCAGAAGCUGAUCUGCUCUUGGUGAAGGACGUGUUGAUGCACCUGCCAAAUCGGGCAGUCCAUGACUUCUUGGCCAAGAGUGUCAACGCGAAGUCCCCACGAUAUCGCGCAGUCAUGUUGGUUCAGAAUGCCAUUCCUCCUGUGGCCAUUCGAGAGAUGGUCGACAUCCAACCUGGACAGCUCCUGCCGUUCGACAUCACGUUUCCGCCCUUCAAGGCCCCGUUCGAGACUGUUUUGCGCUGGCAAAGCGACGAGCCGAAGGCUGCUGGUUUCAGUUGA